UUGCACCGCCAUAGUCCCCUAAGCUACUUGCACUGCCAUGGUCCCCUGAGCUACUUGUACCACCAUGGUCCCCUAAGCUGCUUGCACCGCCAUAGUCCCCUAAGCUACUUGCACUGCCAUGGUCCCCUGAGCUACUUGUACCACCAUGGUCCCCUAAGCUGCUUGCACCGCCAUAGUCCCCUAAGCUACUUGCACUGCCAUGGUCCCCUGAGCUACUUGUACCGCCAUGGUCCCCUGAGCUACCUGCACCGCGAUGGUCCCCUAAACUGCCAGCACCACCCUGGCUCCCUUAACUGCCGGCAUCACCCUGCAGGCGUCCUGGUCACCUACAAUGACUCCAGGACACCCACCCUCCCUCCCCUGUUGGACUAUUUUUGGAAUGAGGUUGCACCUUCCGGGAGGGGGAGUUAUGUCAUGGACUUGUAUAAAGAGACUACAGCACGGUUUGCUAUCCAACAUUUCACAUCUGACAAUGACAGCUGAGAGCAUUGUGUUGUACGAAGACAGGAACUUCCAGGGAAGAUCCUAUGAGUGUAAGGGGGACACAAGUGACCUUCAUACAUUUUUUAGCCGCUGUAAUUCUGCAAGGGUGAAUGGGGGCUGUUGGGUUCUGUAUGAGAGGCCAAACUACAUGGGCUAUCAGUAUAUACUGGCCCCAGGGGAAUAUCCAGAUUAUCACCAUUGGAUUGGCUUCAAUGACUGUGUCCGAUCUUGUCGUUUAGUCAGGCAUGUCUCUGGACAUCUCAAGCUGAAAAUCUUUGAAAGGCCCAAUUUUGAUGGCCAAAUGUGGGAAGUUACAGAAAGCACCCCGUCCAUUCAGGAACGCUUCCUCUGCAAAGAGGUCCAUUCCUGCAAGGUCCUCGAAGGUCCCUGUGUGUUCUUUGAGCAUGCAAACUACCUUGGCCGUCAGUACCUCCUUGAGAAGGGAGAGUACAGCCGCCACACUGAAUGGGGGGCCAUGACUCCCAACGUGGGCUCUGUUCGCCAGAUCCCCCUAUAGACUGUUGAAAUAAAAACCUGUUAUCACUACUACUGAAAAAGUAUUGAAAAAUAAAAUUUUUGAA